GCUGCAACUAUGUCUGCCAGGGCCCCUGAUAGAAUGCAGAUUAUGACAGAACUGGUCAACGAAACUGAGGUCAGUCUACUUGAAUGCAAAGUGUGUUUUGAAAAAUAUAGCCAGAAGAAGAAACACCGGCCAAGGAACUUGCCUUGUGGACAUGUUAUGUGCUUGGAGUGUGUAUUCUCUCUAGCACACCCAAGGAAUUUUAGGUUGGAGUGCCCUUUCUGUCGAAGAGCUUGCAAAUCCUCAGAGACAAGUGACUGCUUACCAUUGCUGCACCUGAUAGAGAUCUUAAGCCGCGCAACUAAUAUUCCUUUAGCUUCAGGAACAACAACUGGGACAGGUGAUGAAGCAGCUGUAUCAGCAUCUCUAGGCUUAACGUUCAACCUUUCUUUCGGAGGCUGGGGGACGCUGAUCAAUCCGACUGGGAUUGCAAUGUGUCGGGGGUCUGACUGUGUAGUAGUGGCACAUGAUGGCAAAAAAAGGAUUAAGCUGUUUGGCUUGAGUGGAAGCUGUAUACAACAGUUUGGGGAAAGAGGAGAUGCAGGCAAUGAUAUUAAAUACCCACUUGACGUGACAGUCACAUUGGAUGGCCAUGUGGUUGUGACAGACAGCGGAGAUCGCUCUGUGAAAGUAUUUGAUUUUAAUGGAAGAGGCAAGCUAAUUAUCAGGGAAUCCUUUUGUUUACCAUGGGGUUUGGAUACCACCCCAGAGAAUGAAAUUAUCCUGUCUGAUCCAGAGGCAGGUGCUCUUUCUCGCUUGACAGCCAAUUUUAAAAAAGGAGAACUAAAGAAGGUUCAGAAGAUCCAGUCUAACUUAUGCAACCCAAGAGAGGUGGCAGUUUCUCAGACUUCUGGAAUUAUCGCUGUAAUAGAGCACUUGAUAGCUAAGGGACCAAACUACAGCAGCACAAGAGUGAAGAUAUUCAGUGCUGACAUGAAACUCAUUGGCCAGAUGGAUAGCUUUGGUCUAAACCUAGUGUUUCCCUCCAAAAUAUAUGCCACUGAUUUGGCCUUCGACAGGGAGGGAAACAUAAUAGUAGCAGAUGCCUAUAACCAAGUUGUAUUGUGCUUAGGAAAACCUGAGGAAUUUCCUGUCUUAAGGCCCAUAAUUACCCAAGGGCUUUCUUAUCCUGUGGCAUUGACUUAUACAGCAAACAAUUCUCUGAUUGUCUUAGACAGUGGUGAUCAUUCAAUUAAAGUAUAUACUGCUAGCUGAAUUGUUUUGGAUUCUUACUAAUUUCUUUCUAUUUCAAUUUUUAAAAGAAGUCAUUAUGGUUUUAUCAGAUGCAUGUGUGGGUUUUUUCUGCCAUGAUUUUGUGUGAAAUUUAUCAUUUUUAUGGACAUGCUGUAUGGUCUUUGACAUUUGCUCAUCAAUUCUGACUUCUGAGUAUGUGUGAGAGACAAACCAUGUAUUCUAAAUAGCAUCAGACAAAGAGACCUCAACCAGAUGACCUGGCAUUUCUUCUAAACUAUUAUACGACUGUUAUUACUCUUUUUUUUUAUGUGUGUGUGUGCUUAAAAUGAACAAUAGUUUUGUGUUAGAUAAUGGAAUCAAUUAUGAAGCAGAGAAUGACUUGCACCUUUUGGUUAUCUUGAUUGAAGUCUCGCUUACAAAAUGUUUUUUUUGAUAAGGUGAGAAUCUCAUGAGAAAGAAGCAGCAAUUUUCAGAAAUUCUAUUAGAAGGGAGUCUCUCUAGCUCAUGGGACUAGUAACUGGAAGUAGAACAUUUCACUUCAAGGUUACUUUAAUCCAAUUGAGAUCAGUAGUGACAAAGCAAUUAUCAUUGUUCAAUGGCCAGUUUGAAAUGAGUUGGGUGGUCAAAGUGUAGUUUCUCCGCAUUACAGAAACCACCAUGAAGACUGCUAUUAUGAGAGGCCAGUGACUGAAUGGGCCUAGAGACUGACACACCAUCUCAUUCCUAGAGUAGGCCCAUCGAAGAGUUAAGACAUAGUGAUGGUGCAGUGUUUCGAAACUUGUACUGUCUGGGCCAUACAUUUUCUUUAGAGAAUUAUUUUCUGGUGGUCAGGUUUCCAUCAUGCACCACUUCUUCAUAAAGUUCUAAAAUUUGUAACAAAGACAGUGUCUUAAUGUUUGACCACAGUUAUGCAUUUUUCUCUGUGUCAUGCUUGUAUGAAUUCUUAUAGGUUCUUACACUAACCUCAUCACUGUAGUUUGAGUGCUUGCAUUUCAGUACCCUAGUUGUGAAAUGAUAGUGGAAUAAAAGACAGCUUCUGCACAUGGAUAUAGACAGUGAUAUGGCAGAACUCCAAUGGCUCCAAGGUCUAGGCAGUUAUCUGGUCAAAAACUUGUUUGCAGCUCUGUAAACUGAAUUGGGCAUCUUACAGAAACAGACCUUCAUGAGAUUUCUGGUACUUUGUGAUUCUGGGUGGCCUUUCUAAUGAAAUAUUAGCACUUCUGCUUCCAGACCUAACCAGAACUAAGUGUAGAUGUGGGUGAGAAGGGAUGGAGAAGGUUAACCUCAUUUUUUUUCCCCCCAAGCUUCAAAAAAGAUUUUGGGUCAGUUCUUAUUUUAUCCUAGACAAUCUGGCUGUGUCUUGUCACUGGUUCUGUUGCUUCACUGGAUAGCAAAAAUUGAAGAUAUAUUGGUAUGAUUUAAAUAGGGAUUAUAAUAUUACUU